UGAAAUAAUUGCGUGUGUGAGAGAUUUUUUUUAAUGAGUUUUGCAUUAUUUUGGAAGCUGAGCUUGCAGUAAAACGAGAAGAACACGUGCAGUGGGUGGGGCGUUCACGGCCAGUCUGUAAAUGUCAGCACAGCACGCAGCCGCGUCAACAAUGUUUGAAUAAUUCCACGCCAAGAGCACUUGACGGCGCCAUCAUGGCCGAGGAGCACCGCCGACAAAACGAGCCGAGUGAGACUCCUUUCAGCUUCGGAGACGAUCUGGAGCUCAACCGGUUCGACGGAUUACCCUUUUCCUCGCGUUACUACCAACUCCUCCGGGAGAGGAAGACUCUGCAGGUGUGGGGGGCGAGGAGGCAGUUGGAGGACGCGCUUGUGACGCGGCAGGUGGUGGUGGUGGUGUCUGGACCCGCCCGGACCGGGAGGAGCACGCAGAUCCCUCAGUGGUGUGCGGAGCUCUGCCUGUCCGCCAAGUAUCGCCACGGGACGGUGGUUUGCACGCAGACUAGCGGGCACAGAGCCGUGGACUUGGCCCUGCGCGUCGCCGACGAAAUGGACGUGAACGUCGGCCACGAAGUCGGUUACAGCGUCCGGCUGGAGGCGUGCUGCUGCUCCGAUACUGUUCUCAGAUUUUCCACCGAUGACAUGUUGCUAAGAGAGAUGAUGUCCGACCCUUUCCUGGAGAACUACGCCAUCAUCGUCAUCGAUCAGGCCCACCAGAGGACCGUCAGCACCGACCUGCUGCUGGGUCUCCUGAAGGCCGUCCUGGUCCACAGACCCGAGCUCAGAGUCGUGGUCCUGGCCGCCACGCCCUUCACCGACGACUUCCUGACCCACUUCCCAGGUGCGCCGCUCAUCAAGCUGGAGUGCCGGCGUCAGCCCCGGGUGAUCCACUGCAGCGGCGCCGACAAGGACUACUUCUACUCCGCACUCAGGCUGGUUCUGGAGAUCCACCGGACCAAAGAGGACGGAGACGUCAUGGUCUUCUUGGCUUCCGAGGAUGAGGUGCUCCGCGCUCACAGCAUCCUGCAGAAAGAAGGAACCAGGCUGGGAGGAGAACUGGGUCACAUGGUUCCUGUGGCCAUGUGCCCCAGCCAGGGAGGACUUCCUGUCCCGCCUCCUUCGGAUGAGCGAGGAAACGCCCACAAUUCACGGAGAGUUUUCCUGGCGACGCAACAGGCGGAGGACUCGUGGCGGCCGAUGGAGUCGGUGCACUUUGUCAUCGACGCGGGAGUCCAGAAGAAAAUGGUUUACAAUCCGAGAAUACGAGCCUACGCCGAGGUGCUGCAGUCCAUCAGUUGUUGUCAGGCGGAGCUGCGCGAGGAUCUGUGUGGACCGGCAGGUAAAUGUUUCCGUUUAUACCCCGACGACGGGCAGCUUCCCACGCAGAGGUCGCCUCAGAUCCUGGAGUCCAACAUCACGUCCACGGUUCUCUUCCUCAAAAGGAUGGAGAUCGGAGGUCUGGGACAGUGCGAGUUCAUCCACAGACCAGAUCCUGAGGGUCUCAUGCAGGCUCUGGAGGAACUGGACUAUCUGGCCGCCUUGGACGACGACGGCAACCUCUCGGAGAUAGGCAUCAUCAUGUCGGAGAUCCCCCUGGAGCCUCAGAUGGCCAAAGCCGUGCUGGCGUCCUGCGAGUUCGACUGUGUGAGCGAGAUGCUGACCGUCGCCGCCAUGCUUUCAGCUCCAAGCUGCUUCCUGGAGCCGCCGUCCUCCGUGAGCCACGAGGCCGUGCGGUGUCGCAGAAAGUUCCAGCACCCCGAGGGCGACCACUUCACCCUCAUCAACGUGUACGACGCCUUCAAGAGAAGCCAGAGGACGCCAUACGUCGGCGCCGAAAAGUGGUGCCGGGAUCAUUUUCUGGAUCAUUCCGCCCUCCAGAUGGCCGAGCAGGUGCGGUCGGAGCUGAUGGACACCCUGAACAGGAUCGAGCUCCCCGUGUCGGAGGCAGCGUUCGGCACCAGGGGCAACGCGUCCGACCUGAAGCGAGCGCUGCUGGCGGGCUUCUUCAUGCAGAUCGCCCGGGACGUGGACGGCUCGGGGAACUACUUCAUCCUGGCUCACAAGCACCUGGCGCAGGUGCAGCCCACAUCCGCCUACGGCCCGCAGUCCAGCAAGCUGGGGGUGCCCGAGUGGGUGGUCUUCCACGAGUACACGCUGUCGGACAAUAACUGCAUGAGGAUAGUGUCGGAGAUUUCACCUCAAGUCUUCACUCAAAUGGCCCCGCUGUACUUCUUCUACAAUCUGCCCCCUAGCGAGAGCAAAGAGAUACUGCAAGACCUGCUGGACCCUGACAGAGCAUCAACUUGUAAGGACGAGAGACACCAAGUUGCUAACAGUGUGCAGUCUUCUGACAGGUGUGUCAUUCAGUAGAGAAUGGAAAAGAAGUGAACAGUCAAGGAUGUGAACAAAACUGUAUUAUUAGGAACGUCCUCAUACAAGUUGUAUUUUAACUGUAGUGCAUAUUUCAUACUAAUUAAAAAGGCAGGAGAGCACCUGAGUGGGUUUUAAUGUCCUCAGCUUUCUCUGGUCCUGAUACUUCUUCACAAUCCUGUAGUUUGUUUAAGCUCUCCAUGGAGAUUUGUCAUCACUGGAAAAAUAGUUCAAUAAAUUCUGUUAAACAUGAUUUAUUUAAUGAUGUAAAUUCAUAAUUCACAGUCAUAUUUUUGGAGGGGAGGAUUUGAAUGUCUGUCUUUUGGCCGUUCAAACGGUCAAGUAUUCUUUGAGUUUGUCCAUGAUGGAGGACAUCCUGUCUGCCGGGAUCAACAUGACCGUCCUGAAAGGCUUCAUGGGAACGUCAUCGAAGGACCACCUCCCACUCAAGCACGUAUCCGCGUCUGCCUGGACGGAGAAGUGGAACUUGAGGGUGGCGUGCUGCAAGCGGACAAAAACAUCAUUACUAUCAUCUGUUUUUAUUCAAACGUGUCAUUUCCGUGACGAACCUCAUAGAAGAACUCCUCCUCAGCGUUGAUGAACAUAUACUCGUCCUUAGGAGCGCCCCCUCUGGCAGGAAUGGUCUUGGUGGACUCCUUGCAGGUCUUACUGAUCAUCAGGCAGUAGUGAUACUUCCCACUGGGCUUGUUGGUCCUCUGCGCGUCUGUGAUCUCCUCCCUGUUGUCAAAGUACAAAACAUGCACCUGUCAAUUGACUAUUAGAGAUGUCAAAAUAAAAGCCUUGUCGGGUUUUCUAUUCUCUUUCAUUUUAAUUUGCAUAAAUGGCCAUGAAGAGGUAGGUUUAUCUACACUGCAACUCCCUGAAUGCUAGUGAGAAACAAGUAAAUAUGCAGUCUGCCCUCUAGUGGCCACAAAUAUGUCACCUGCUUAAAACGGAAUUUA